GUUAUGCUUGUAAUAUACUUGGGAGGCCGUGCUUUAUGAAAUGUGAGAGCUGAUCAGUUUGGCUGUCACACAUUGGGAUAAGUAAAUAUAUGUGAGUUCAUUUCAGGCAUUUAAACAUUUAGAAGGACUUGUAUUACACCAUAUCAUAUUUUAUUAUGCUGACACGUUAAUAAUAUAGUUACAUGUGAAUGGCACCCAGACUGAAACCUCAAGAGAGGAGUUGAGAGGCUGUAAUUUUUUAUUUUAUUUUUGGUGGGAGCAGUGAUGUCAUUGGUUUAGGACAGAUAAUCCAAUACAGGGUGAAUCUCUGAGUGUAUUUAUAGACUAAGUAAUUGUCCUGUAGAAACAAUAAGAAAGAACGGGGAAAGAAAACACACAGGUGGGGGUGCAAGUUAAAGAAAGAGGGCCGGUACAUGGAUGCAUUGAGUGGAAAGAGUUUGUGUAAAAGGAGCUGAGGGAGGAGGAAAAUAAGGAGCGUCCGCGGAAAGGUCUAGCAACACGGAGACGUUGGGGGAUGACAGUAAAUAUAUUGGCAGUUCGACAGGUGGAUUAACAGAUUGGGAUCCUGAGAGAGGUUCUUCUUCCUUGUCCAAAUCCUGCUAAUGAAUUACAGGGCUUCCUUAGCAGCACAGAUGGUGAGAAGCAGCAGAGGAAUGUAAGGGUUAUGUGACACAGCUUUCAAAUGGACCGAGAGCACUUUUGAUGGCAGCACACAGGCAGAAUAAGAAACUGGAGGUUAAUUGAGGUCUUGAAGAGGCUCAGUCACUACAAAUCCUGGAUAACCAACUUAAGCCAGCCAUCAGAAAUAGGCUCCUGAUUCUCCCUUCUCCUACCACCAUCCUCAGUCCAAAACCCUCACUUUUGUUUCACCUCCUGACUCUGAGACCAUUGAACUGUGACAUAUUUUUGGAAGAGAGAAUUUGCAGAAGAAAAUAAAGAUUGAGUUUUGAAUCCCAGUCAAAACACUGUGCUAAAUAAACUCCAAUAACUAGAGGGCAAAGUUCUACACACGAUACGCUCAUAGUGUUUCUAUCCACCAAAGAAGAUGGGGAACACAAAGAGCAGCGCCAUGUCCAAGGAGAUCCUGGAGGACCUGAAACUCAACACCAAGUUCUCGGAGACAGAGCUAUGUCAGUGGUACGAUAACUUCCAAAAGCAAUGUCCGUCAGGCCGCAUCUCCCCCAGAGAGUUUGAGAAGAUCUACGAGCGCUUCUUCCCGGACAGCGAUGCUAAGACCUAUGCUAAACAUGUUUUCCGUUCCUUCGAUACCAACGAUGACGGCACGCUGGAUUUUAAGGAGUACAUCAUUGCCCUGCACCUCACCUCCUCGGGGAAAAUGGCACUCAAAUUAGAGUGGGCCUUCUCACUCUUCGACGUCGACAAGAACGGCUACAUCACCAAGUCAGAGGUGACUGAGAUCUGCCAGGCCAUUUUCAAGCUAAUCCCUAAGGAGGAGCAGGCCCAGCUACCGGAGGAUGAGAAUACCCCAGAGAAGCGGGCCAACAAGUUAUGGGGCUACUUUAAUAAGGCCGACAAUGAUAAGUUGGCUGAAGGCGAAUUCAUCAAAGGAGUAACGGAGAAUGAGGAUGCCCUCCGCCUCAUUCAGUACGAUCCUGUAAAGAAAUAAACCCCGCCCCAAAUUUGAAUUUCAAAUUGUGUCUAUUAUAAAGUUGUGUAGUGUGUAGUCCAGCAUCUUAACACGUAGAAUCAUUGCUGGCCCUCGGUUUCUUUCAUUUUUGGGAAUAACUUUGUACAUUAUUAAUGCAUACUGACUGCUGAUUGGGAAAUGUGACAUACAAAGAACAGUGAAGCCGUUUCAUGACAUCGUUGGUGUUUCAUCGUACUAUUAACAACAUCAGUCAUGGUACAAUAUGAACAUAAUUUUUUAACUUUUUAGUAACUAACACCAGACCCAGGCUACCAGUUAUCUAGUAUUUGUUUAGCUGGAGUUUUAAUAAGGACCUUGACCUACCAUCAGCUUCAGGGCCAGUCAGUCCUAUAGGCGACAAUGAUGGCCACCAAUUGUGCCGACUUCUCAGGAGGUGGCAACUUGCUAGU